AAAUCACUCUUCAUGACUGCUUUAUGUCAUUCUUUUUAGUAGUGGUAGUUUCUUCUCCUUAUUUCUAGGGGUGACUAUCUUUUAUGUCAUUAAGAAGACCUUCAGAGAUCUUACCUUGAAGAUCACAAUGUGGUGUAUUUACACAGAAAAUAAUUCAGCCCAUUGUAGCCCAGCAGCUAAUGAGAUUGGUUGUUAAGUGAAUGACACAAAGGCUAAAAAAAAAACAAAAAAAAAAAACAAAACAAAAGCUUAGCGUUUCGGGGGAAUAUCACAGUGUCCCUUCAUACACACAGUCACACACACACACACAUACACUCCAACCAAACAUGCUCUUAGAGUAGGGAGACUGUGGAAUACCCUGUACCCCACCUCUGUAUCCUUCUGCUCCAUCUCCUCCCCCGAUGUCCCCGAGAGAUGGAAAACAAAGGCUAAAAGGGGCACGAUAAUGAAUUACAUGAUCACUUUCUGAGAGAUAAGAACCGUGAAAGCAUCAGCCGGAGUGAACAGUCUGGAUCUGGCAUUUUAUUCUACAGAGCUCCCAGAAAACUGCGUUUAAAGAUGGAUUCUGAAGGUGAGGAGCAAACCUUGAAAACAUGUAAUGGUAGCACAGGGCUGGCAGAAUGCAUCACUGAGACACACAGCACAUAUGGCUGCGUUGCAAGGAAGAGGAGUGCUCAGGAAGGGGUGCAGGGUGCCCCUGUCAAUAAGAGAAAGUCCCUGCUGAUGAAGCCCCGCCACUACAGCCCCAGCAAGGCAUGUGAAGAGGAAAGCGAGGACCUGGCACUGCCACAGGACAAAGAAGAGCUGAGGAACAUUGACACUCCAGCAGAUGGAAACUUUAAGGCAGUCAAUGGAAUGGCUUCCAAAAGCGGCUGCCCUGAUGGUACAGCAAAGUCCAGCAGUUCACUUGGAUGGUCUGAAGUUACGUCUAAUAGCUCGCCUCAGUGUGAGCCGGACACAUCUGAACCUCUGAUGACAGAGGAUGAUGAUGAACUUUUUAACAAUGAAGAAGACGACCGAAGUCAGGACAGGAUGAGUGGUGCAUCAUCACCACAGAGUCCAUACGGAGACAUGAGGGAAACUGAGUGGGAACCUCUGUCUCUGUCUGCCAAGGGGAACAGCUCAAACUGCAGUCCUUCCAGAGCAUCUGAAGACCUUUCUUUUAGGAACAGCCAUGGCAGAGAAGAGCCUCUCCCAGAAUUAAGUGGUGCAAUGGGAAGAGCAAGUAUUUUUCAAGCUGAAGCUUUAAGGUACAGGCUGCUCCCCACUGAGGAUGACAGCGAGGGGGAGGCAGAGGUAGAGAGGCCACCUCGGCUAGACAGCUGGGCUCUGGGCCUCAACGAGAGAGGCCUUGAGAUGAGUCGAGGGAGAGUGAACCUGAGCCUGUUGGAGCAGGCAAUCGCUCUGCAGACAGAGCAGAGACAGGUCCUGCACAAUGCCUACAGAGAGAUGGACCGGUUCCUCAUGGAGCAGAUGACCAGUGAGAGAAGGCACCAUAGGAUUAUGGACAUGGACAGUAGACUUAACUACAAUGGAGGGAAAGAUUCUCCACGGACUGAUAAAAAAGAUAUAAAAUGUCCAACUCCUGGCUGUGAUGGCACUGGUCACGUGACUGGCCUGUACCCACAUCACAGAAGUUUGUCUGGGUGCCCUCACAAAAUCCGAGUUCCCCCUGAGAUUCUGGCCAUGCAUGAGAACGUAUUAAAGUGCCCUACACCCGGGUGCACAGGAAGGGGACAUGUCAACAGCAACCGUAGCACCCACCGGAGUCUCUCAGGCUGCCCCAUCGCCGCUGCAGUGAAAGUCUCCAAACCUCAGGACGAGAGCCUGAAGAGCAGACAAACACCUGACCGUUCACCCAGGCCCAUUGGCUUGAUAAAGAAGUUUGAAAUGAACCAUCUGAACUACAGACUCUCUCAUCCAGUAGCAGCCCUGCAAACUAGCCUCUCAAAAGAUAUGGACAAGUACAGCAGAAUUCGCUUUGAUUACGCAAGCUUUGAUGCACAGGUCUUCGGCAAACAGCCACUGCUGGGGACCAGCCAGGAUCAGGAAACAUCCCAUUAUCCUCCUGAUUCACCUCAGCAGUAUCCUGGCUUCAUUGGUGCUCCGGGUGGCCGUCUGCCCGCCUCUGGUCAGCAUAGCCCACUGAGUCAAUUUAAAAAGGAAGAUGGUCUCCAGGCUGCAGCAGCUACAGCUGCCAUCCUUAACCUCUCUACUCGUUACCGGAAGAACAUGGAGUCUGUUGCUGGUCGGCCUUUGGCAACCUCUACAAAGGACAUGCUCAUAGAGGUGGAUGAAAAUGGCACCCUGGACUUGAGUAUGAAGAAGUGCAAGGAGAAUGGAAAAGUCCAGAUCAAGACACCCCCAGAAGACUUGAUGUCUCCUCCUGAGUCCACUCUGGCCAAAGGUGGGAGCAUGCUCAUCAGCCCCGCUUUCUACCAGCCGCUGAGUGAGAGAGACAGCUGGGAGAGUCCCAUCCCCAUCAACUUCAGCAAAGCACACAUUUUACAGGACAAAGAGCAGGAGGAUUAUGAUCAGGUCUCCUUGGAGGACCAACACUUUCAAGGAGAUGGCAGUAUGUUAAGCCCUAAAGCCAAGCUGCUACUACGAGAUUCAAAGAAAGAGCUUUUGAGCUGUCCGACCCCAGGCUGUGACGGCAGCGGCCACGUGACGGGGAAUUAUGCAUCACAUCGGAGUGUGUCUGGAUGUCCCCUGGCUGACAAAACACUCAAAUCACUGAUGGCAGCCAACUCUCAGGAACUAAAGUGCCCAACACCUGGUUGUGAUGGAUCUGGACAUGUGACUGGGAACUAUGCUUCGCACAGAAGCCUGUCAGGAUGUCCACGUGCCAGAAAAGGAGGUUUGAAGCUCACACCAAACAAGGACGACAAAGACGAGCAGGAGCUUAAGUGUCCAGUAAUUGGAUGUGACGGACAAGGCCAUAUAUCGGGAAAAUACACAUCCCACCGCAGUGCAGGCAGUUGUCCACUUGCUGCCAAAAGACAGAAGGAGUCGUCCAUCAAUGGGCUGCCCUUUGCCUGGAAGGCCAAUAAACAGGAACUUCCCCAUUGUCCCUUGCCUGGCUGCAAUGGCCUUGGACAUGCCAAUAAUGUGUUUGCCACUCACAGAAGCUUGUCAGGUUGCCCACUGAACGCACAGAGUAUCAAGAAAAAGCACUCCGAUGAAGAGAUGAUGACUAUCAAACUGAAAGCCAGCAGUGGUGUUGAAAACAAAGAAGAUAUUCAACACUUGGAUCAUGAGAUCAAGGAACUCAAUGAUUCCAACAUGAAAAUAGAAGCAGACAUGAUGCAACUCCAAACCCAGCAGAUCUCGUCAAUGGAAUGUAACCUGAAGACGAUUGAGGAGGAGAACAAGAUGAUCGAACAGCACAAUGACAGCCUUCUGAAGGAGCUCGCUCGCCUUAGCCAAGCUCUAAUUAACAGUCUAACAGACAUUCAGCUGCCUCAAAUGGGACCCAUCAGUGAGCAUAAUUUUGAAGCCUAUGUGAACACAUUAACUGAUAUGUACAACAACUCGGAGCAUGAAUACUCUCCAGAGUGCAAGGCCCUCUUGGAUAAUAUCAAACAGGCUAUUAAGGGCAUCCAUGUUUAAGCUGUAAAGCUACCAAGAGGUUUCUUUGACUUGGGAUCAUGGCACUAGAUAGCUCUAUUUUACUGAAGAGUGCUGGCUCGGCUGCAUGUAUAAGACAAGGCUUUUGGAAAUGUGUUUGGCAUUUCCCGGUAAACACACUGCACUGAGAAAAUUACCAGCCAGAUUUGUAAUGCUUUUACUGUUUCUGCAUUCACUUGAUAUGUUUAUCCUGGUGAGAUUUUUUACCCCCUCUUGCACUUAAUUAUUUUGUAUGGUUUGCUUGAUUUUAAUUUGUAUGUGUUCAUGUCAUUCUUAUAUUAUUGCUAUUUAUUAUUAUAUUUGUUCAUCAGUGUAUUUAUUUCCUCAAUUUUUAUUUAUUUCUUAAAUUGUAAAUGCUUAAUGUUUGAAAAAUCUGUUUUGACUUUCUGCACAUUGUAAAUUAUAUAGAAACACAUUCCAGUUUCAUGGCAUACUUUCGCCAUCUAGUGUUGAAAAACCUAUACUAUUAUUGCUGUUAUUAGAUUAUAAGUUGGAUCGCCCUUCAAAGCAAAACUUACCAAAACUACAACGCAUCAAUAUUUUGAAGCAUUGCUUUUGCUUUCUUUAUUGGAAACUGAAUGUAUGGUAAGACAAAGUGAGAUAAAAGAUAAUAAUAAAAUGUGAUGCACCAGUACUGUACCUUUUUCUAUUCAACCAGUAACAGCCGAAUGCAAACAGGAGGUGACAAUGACCAAGAAUGCAACAUCAUUCAGUGAAGUGAAUGUUUUGCAAAGCGUGCCACAAGAGGAGUGCAACAAAAAUCACAAAUACACUUUGUCAAGAUGUCUUUCUCUUUAAAAAAAAAUAUAUAGAUAUUAAACUGCCUUCUGUGCACACACUUUGAAGUGUGCAUAUAGUAUGUGCCUAAAUGUAUAUGAAUCCAUAAAAAUAUACAAGUACUAUGUUUUGUGGUAGGACAGUAUUAUGUGGAUGGUGUCUGAUUUAUUAUACAGUACAAUUAUUUUCAUAGGAAGACCCGUUCCUGAUGACUGUUUGAAUACCGUUGUUGCAGUAGCUGCAAUCUCAGAGUCAGGUUUUAAAGAUAUCAUGACUGAGAUUGAAAGUCUGGUGUUUAUUUUCUUUUUUAUUUCUUUUUCUAGCAUGGAAAGGGGACAAAAAAAUAUACUACUGUUUUACCUAAAAUUGCUGACAGGCCUUAACAUUUGAACUAGUCUUAAAGUUUGAGCAGUCUUUGGGAAGGUUUGAACAGUAGCUGCUUCAGAAUGGAGCCACAGCAACUCGCAGAUCACUUUCAAUCAUUAAAUAUAAAAAAGGAAAAUGUGUUUUUAAAAUAGAAAAACUACAGUUGACAGUUAAUGAGUUAUUUCUUUCCAAUGAUUGCACUUUUGUAUUAAGAGGAUUUUGUGUUUUCACUUCAACACUUGAUGUCCACAAUUUAAAGAAAUGUCUAGUAAUUUCUCUGCUCCACACAUCUAAAUCUCUCAAUUUUUUUAGGUUAAUCCAUCAAUUUUAAAAUGAAUUUAUAUAAGCAAUACUUUUAUUUUCCCCAUUUCUGCAAAAAGAAGUUAAAGACAUGUAGCCUAGUUUUCAAAGAACAGCAAAAGAGCCAAAUUGCAGAAAAAAGCAAGACCCUAUUUUAUCCAGAUAUUCAGUAUCUUUCAAAAAAUUGUAAUCUUUUAAAAACUGUAUCACACUCUUUAAACCUAACAAUCCUUUAUCUAUAAUUUCUUGUAUUUAAUUCCUACACCACACAUUGUUCGCUCAGGAAGUUUUGUGAAUAAUAUUUAUUUUUUUCCCUGUUAGUAUUUGAUGUUUUGUAAUGUGAAAUGCUUUUUUUGUGGAACGAUAUUAGUAUGAUAUGAAAUUGUACUGUAUUAUUUUUUUUUCUUUUACAUUUAAAUGUAAUGCUUUCUUUUUCAGUUAAGGUAGUUUGUAAAUUGAAACUUCCUAUUACUUUUACUAUUUCAUAAUAAACAGAUAUGCGCUGUGUUGUACAGUUUGUGUAUGGUAGAAAUAAACUUUUCAAAUGGU